UGCACAAAACGCUAUAGAAARYAUCGAGAAAAUGGGMGAAGUCCUUAUCGCAGGGUUGAAGAAAGCUGGUAACAUCACUGAACCUAAACGAAUUCAAGUGCAGAGUGAAAAGAUGGUGCUUGGUGUGACGCUUUUGCCGCCGAGCUCCACUGCUAAAGUUCGAUUUCCACAAACCAAUACCGAUGGAAGCAUUAAGAUAUCUGAUUCAGUCUUCAGAAUCGCAGAGAACACCCCCUCUAACUCGGAUGGCGUAGGAAUGACUUCAAGUCUUUUGCGUGUCAACACUGGAAAGAAUAAGGACACUAAAAAGCCAGUGCUUAACUCGGUUAUCAUGUCAACCAAGGUUACUGUACCUGAUGGCACCAUUAACAACUUAGAUGAUCCUGUUGUAAUCACACUACGACACACCAAGGAACUGGAAAACGAUAACAGCAAAACGCUUUGCACUUUUAUCAAUACCACAGUUUCCGAGUACUCAACAGCAGGAUGUAAAGUUGCUUUCUUCAACAAAACUUCUACAGUUUGUCAUUGUUACCAUCUUACGAGCUUUGCAGUUCUUUUAGAUGUUCACGGAAAUACUCCAUUGACUUCUGAUACACACAAGUUUGCACUGUUGGUYAUAUCUAUCGUUGGGUGUUGUAUCGCGUUGGUUUGUUUUAUCGCCGCAUUAUUUGCAUUCCAUUUUGUAAUCUCCGAACGAAGAAGGAGAAAGACAGAGACGAUAUCUAUCCACAAGAACCUUGCAGUCGCYGAGAUACUAGCWCUUGUCUUMUUCCUGCUUGCUUAUGGAGUUGUAGAGCCCAAGGGAUUAUGCUUUGCCAUAKCAUUCCUCUUACAUUAUUCUCUCAUGGCUGUUUUCUUCUGGAUGUUGGUGGAAGGUUUGAAUCUUCAUCGUGGUACAGUGCAAGUAUUUAUUACUACUAGCCGUAUGAAAGUCUACUAUGUCAUUGGAUGGGGACUGCCAUGGAUAUUUGCCAUAGCUACUGCUGCUGUAGGUCAAAUGGACUACGCAAGGGAAGACUUUUGCUGGAUAUCUCAACAGUACAUUUGGGCGUUUGCUGGUCCUGUAGCUGUYAUCCUCUUUAUAAACUUUGUUAUUCUUUGUAUUGCUAUACGAGUAAUGGUUAAAAGACCAAGAUAUGUAACAGACCAAGUUAAAGACGUCAACAAAAGAAGUACUGAACACGAAUUGAGGAUUGCUUUCAAGACUACGAUCAUACUUCUUCCUUUACUUGGUCUCACGUGGUGUCUUGGUUUCCUCGCAAGCAAUCAUGUGACCGGAAACACUAUCAUCCAGUAUUUGUUUGCUAUCGUCAACUCGUUACAGGGUUUCUAUUUCUUCUUGGCUCACUGUAUGUACGAUGAAGAUGUUCGCAAUGUGUUAUUUCAACAUAUCUGUUCUUGCUGCAAACGUCCUUCGCCAGUUAUAAAUGCGACAAGCAAGACCUCUUCUCGCGUAAAAUCCUAUUUCAGUCGAACACUAUCGCGUUCAAAUCCAUCGAAUAGCUCAACGUCUAACGCAACAAGACAACCCAACGCGUAUUACUAUACAUCAUCAAAACGAGAAGGCAAUAACAUUGCUUUUGAGAUGCCUUCUGCAUCUUCUUCGUCAAAACCAAAAGAGGCCAUUCCAGUACUAUUAAAUCACAAAUACGUUGAUGAAGAUGGUGACGUUUCUUCAAAAACUAAUGACACCAAUAAAGUUUCGAUAAAUGUUCCGGAUUUUAAAACCAGGCGACACCGUGUUGGUAGCACAAAUAGUUCUUCAAGCGCUGACUCAGGCUKGGAUUCCACAGAGAAGAAAGAACUGAAAACAUCUAAAGAACACGCUAGUUCGGAAAUAUUUUUUCGAAGAGCAAUGUCAUCAGACUUGAAAAGACAUUCAAAGAAAGGUGCUAUUCCUCGUAGAUCAAAGUCCGUGGCUGAGACAGAGAGAAUGCAACUGUCCAAGCAGAUUUCGAACGGUAGUAAUACUAGUGCUGUAAGCGGAAGAAGCAACACUGCCUUUUUGAGUGGAUACUAAUAGUCAGUAAUAUUGUAGAUCAUUCUUAGAAAUCUUUUAUUUUGAAAUAACAUGGAUGUGCGAUUUUUACUUAGAAAUCUGAAAAUUACGACGAGAAUGUGGAAACGAUAAAAUCCAUCCUUGUACGACUUCAGUACGAGGCAUUUUUACUAUUAUAUUAUAAUCUAGUUCACCUAUCGCAUUUUAGAUUUAUAUAUAUAUAUAUUAAUGGUACUGUUACAUAUUGUCCCGCAAUUAGCCGGCUCUAAGUGUAGUGGAUCGCAACGGUGGUCAAGUUCGCCGUUUCAAGAUGUAGUGAAUGUGGAAAGAGAUAUAAUGAGCCUCUAGUCCAAUGUAUGACUAUUCUCAUAGCCGUGGUUGUGUGCAUGUAUCAAAGACAAUGUAUAAGUUAUUUACAAAACAGUUAUUAAAAGAUUCUCACGGAAA